UGGCUACGAUGGCCAGGGGAAUCCUAGCAAACGAACGAAUCCACGUCCGAUGAAACACAAAGGCACGGAUAUAUAUAUAUAUAUAUAUGUCUGUAUAAAAUGAUGAUACUGUCAGAGAGUUCGUUCGAUCCAGCUAUCUCCUUGGGAUUACACUGAUCUUCUGAUUUUUAGUUAAUUCCCGGAUCUUGGGGUUUGGGUUUCUCUUGUACAAGUAUUAGCAAUUGUUAGAUGCAGCAGAGUUAACGACACCCAACCGGACUCACCGGCCGAACAAUAGAGACCCAACUCGGAAUUGCUUCGAAUUCCUCAUACCAGAGCAAUCUUCUUGGCGAUUAUCAAGUUUGAACAAGGUCCUUUCUGUGUAUCUUGUACUUUGCUUCAAGAACAACAUGGGUUUUGGCUUAUCUGCCCUGAUCGGCAUAAAGGCAACAGUUCUCUUCUUGGCAUUUGCUUAUCUCAGAAGCCUUGGCUUCAAAUUCUUGCCACUGCCCUUGUUAUAUGCAUCUUUGGUGUCUAUGUUGGUUUCAAUUGCUGCUCAUCCUUCAAUUAAUCUUCCCAUGCUUUUGGCUAAGAACUCAGACGGGACGUUUCCCAUUUGGUCACUGAUCAUCUUCAGUCCAUAUCUGUAUUUUGUCCGGCUUUUCUCGGCAUUGCGAAGAUUGGUGAGUGGAGAGGCUCCUUACAGUGAAGUUUACGAGGGUUUGUUUGUUGGAGGAUGGCCUUAUUCACCUGAAAAAUUGCCUCCGGGUAAACCUGCUAUUAUUGAUUGCACUUGUGAAUUGCCAAGGAAGUUUGAAGUAUCAGGAGGGCAUUCGUAUUUGUGCAUUCCUACUUGGGAUACGGGCGCACCGCAGCCGGGCGAAAUUGAAUCCGCGGUUCAGUGGGCUUGUAGGAAGAGAGCUCAGAAGAUACCAAUCUUUUGUCACUGUGCAUAUGGUCAUGGACGAAGUGUUGCUGUGAUGUGUGCCCUGUUAGUAUCUCUAAAUGUGGCAGAAGAUUGGAAGAAUGCCGAGAAGAUAAUUCGAGAAAAGCGGCCCUACAUUCGAAUGAAUGGUCUGCACCAUAAAGCCCUGGAUGAAUGGUCAAAGCACCGGUUAUCUACUCCAAAAAGGAAGCAAGAAACUGGUUUGAGUUCUGUAAUUUUAUCUAGUGCCUCCGGAUCUAAAUGAGCUAAGCUAGGUCGAAAAUAUUAAGUUACUAUUUUUCACUUCAAUUUGCUAGUAGUUCUUAUCCUCAUGUUUAUCACUAUUAGGAUGAAUUUUAUUGACAUUUAUCCAGAACGAGGAUCAUAUAUUCAUGUUGUUGACAUUAUGUUUUUUGUUAAUUGAUUUAGAAAGAGGAUCCUGUUGUCCUCUCA